CAAGAUAUUUACUGGCUAGAGAUACCCCGAAAGACUAUUGAUAUAAACGAAAUUGAUAAUGUGAAUUUGGCCCAAAUCUACAACAAAAAACCCCAAAUUGAAGCUCCCAUAAAGCCCCAAGAUGCGGUAAAUGAGGCUAAAGGAGUAAGCCUCAUGGAAAAGCUUAUACAGAGAGCCAAGCAAAGCCAAAAGUGA